GGGUGCUCCGGGGCAGCGCCCGCUCCCUGCUCCUGCCCCACGAGGGACGAGCGGCCUUCCCUUGAGGGGCGGCCCGAAGGGCUCACACGGUGCGCGGGGGCGGCGACCCGCACGGUGCCCUUGGCCGUGGCCGUGUCGAGGCCCAGCCCCGGGCCGUGCGCUGCCCCCCGGGGUCAUAUCCCGGGAGCUCCUGAGUCCUUCCAGGGCUGGACCGGAGUGUGUAUCCGAGCGCACUGCCGGCAGCGUGGGGCCUUCUGCUGGAGUACAGCUUCACUCUAGAAUGGUGAGGGGGUUUUAGGGAAGUUGUGUGGUUUGGAUUUUGCAGUCAAAAUACUAAUGCUUUCACCUCAUAGUUAAACAUCGAAGUCCUUCAUGCGAUCAGAACUCACAAAACACACACUACCUUGUCUGGAACCCGUGUGGAUGUUAGGAGAUGCCUGCAGGCAGAGUUGGCAGAAGCCGUCCAGGAAUUCUUACAUUGCACGAUAAGGCAGGUUGGGUCACACCUGCAGCUGUGCUUUAAGGUGCUCCUGCAACAAACAUCGGGCUCACACGCUUCAGAAAUUAUAGCUCCCUGAUUAAACAAUUUGACUCUGCCAUGAACUAUUUGGUAGCUGAUUAGGGCUAAAGAAUCCCUUUUUCACCAUCUCACUUGCAUUUAGGUAUCAUCUUUGGGUAGUGUCUGCUUUUUCAUGGAGCAUUUGCUCAGCUCAUUGAAACUGCACUAACUAAAUAAAAAUAUGUGAAUUUAUAUGUGUUUAAGAUGACACUUGUAUUAUCUUUAGUUUAGCUGAGCUUUGUAAAUAGGACAUUUUGGGCGUAUCUCUUCCAUAAUAGUUGGUGGAUUUUUUUUGAAAUCGAUGGAUUUUUUUGUUUAUUAAUUAUUUUUGCAAAUUUACCAUUGAAGAAGCCUAGCAAGUCAUAUUGAUCGUUAAUAUAUACCUUAAUGAGCCCUGUAUUAGACAGAACCCUUCAAAACAUUGCUGUUCCUGUGUUGUAUUGCCUACCUUCCUAGGCUGAAGCUUAGUAAAGUUAAAAGCGUUAAAGUGUUAAAAAAUAAAUUUUUAGAAGGAUAGAUGGGGGGUAAAAGAAGUCAUAAAGUCCUACCACAUUGAUGCCAGUGAAGUUUUAUCACAGAAUCACUGGGUUGGAAGAGACCUUUAAGAUCAUCCAGUCCAACCCAUGCCCUAACAACACAAAUAAGCCAUGGCAUCAUUUAUUACAGGAUUCCCUAGCUUGUCCCUGAGUAAACUGCACUGAUCAAACUGCAGUUGACCUUUUUGUUUCCAGUGUGGUGGGUUGAUGCUGGCUGGACACCAGUGCCCACCAGAGCCGCUCCAUCACUCCCCUCCUCAGGGGAACAGGGAACAAAGGAUAUAAUAGAAGCUCAUGGGUUGAGGUAAGAACAGAGAGAGAUCACUCACCACUCUUCAGCACAGGCAAAACAGACUUGACUUGAGGAAAUUACUUUAUUGUCAAUGAGAUCACUGUUGGAUAAUGAGAAAUAAACCAAAAUCUUUAAACCGCUCACCCCACCUGUCCCUUCUUCCCAGGCUCAGCUUUAGUCCCAGUUUUCUCUACUUCCUUCCUCCAGCAGUGCAUGGGGAUGGAGAAUGGGGGCUGCAGUCAGUUCAUCACACAUUGUCUUUGAUUCUCCUUUGACUCCUCACACUCUUCACCUUCUCCAGUGUAGGGUCUCUCCCACAGGAGACAGUCCUUCUUCCACGAACUACUGUAGCCUGAGUCCUUCCCAUGGGCUGCAGUUCUUCACAAAAUGCUCCAGCUUGGAUCCCUUCCACAGGUACCUCCUCUAAUAUUCAUAAUUAAAAUGGCAAAAACAACUGAUCCUUCUGAGAAACUGAUCAUCCACUCCAAAGCUCACAAAGAUACCAUUCUAGCUAAUUUUGAGGAACAAAGAAAAAAGGAUUUUCUUUGUGACAUUACUCUGAUAGUGGAGAAUGUGCAAUUCAGAGCCCAUAAAGCUUUGCUGGCUGCCAGCAGUGAAUACUUCUCAAUGAUGUUUGUAAAUGAGGGUGAAAUAGGGCAGUCAAUUUAUAUGUUGGAGGGAAUGGUUGCAGACACCUUUGGAGUUCUGCUAGAAUUUAUUUACACUGGUUGCCUCUGUGCCAGUGAGAAAAGCACAGAGCAAAUCCUGGCUACUGCACAGCUGCUGAAAGUAACUGACUUGGUAUGGGCCUGUACAGACUACCUGGAAAGCCGCAGCCCAGGUAGUGCAUUGCCAGCUCCUGCUGGAAGUGUAGCCUCUGUUGUUGCAAGUGACAGGAAAAACGAUGAUCCACCAAAGCGAAAACGGGGGCGACCAAGGAAAAUCAAGGUUGUCCAAGAAGAAGAAGAAGAAUUAGGUGCAAAUUCUGCUGAAGAUGGGCAGCUGAGAGAGAACAACUCCGUGCAAAAUGAGCAAAAUUAUGUGAAAAAAGACACUGAAGUAGAAGAAGCAGUUGCCAGUGAACAGGCUUCAGUGAGGAAAGAUGGAGAAGAAACUGAACCUGCUUGUGGCUCAGAGGCUGUUGUUGAUCUCUCAGCUGAGAAAGAUGAAAACUACGAUCCCAAAUCUGAAGGAAUACAGAGCACUCAGAGCCGUUACAGCAAACGUAGAAUAAGGAGAUCAAUCAAACUAAAAGAUUAUAAACUUCUUGGGGAUGAGGAUGAGAAAGGACUGGCAAAGAGAACUGAUGCAAAAAGAAAACGUGUGGGUUCUGAAGCUCGCUGUAAAGACUGUGGCAAAGUAUUUAAGUACAAUCACUUUUUGGCUAUUCAUCAGCGGAGCCAUACAGGGGAGCGCCCUUUUAAAUGCAGUGAGUGUGGCAAAGGCUUUUCCCAGAAGCAUUCUCUUCAAGUCCAUGAGCGGAUGCACACCGGGGAACGGCCGUACACGUGCACCAUUUGCAGUAAGGCUCUGACAACAAAGCAUUCUCUUCUGGAGCACAUGAGCCUACAUUCAGGGCAGAAGGCUUUUACCUGCGAUCAGUGUGGGAAAUACUUCAGCCAAAAGAGACAGCUCAAGAGCCACUAUCGACUACACACAGGCCGUUCACUGCCGGAAUGUAACCAGUGUCGUCGCAAAUUCAUGGAUGCAGCUCAGCUAAAGAAACAUCUAAGAACACAUACAGGUGAGAAGCCCUUCACUUGUGAGAUUUGUGGCAAAUCAUUUACAGCUAAAAGUUCACUUCAGACUCACAUUAGAAUUCACAGAGGAGAAAAGCCAUAUUCUUGUGAUAUAUGUGGAAAAUCCUUCUCUGACUCCAGUGCUAAGAGAAGACAUUGUAUCUUACACACAGGAAAAAAGCCUUUUGCCUGCCCAGAAUGUAGUUUGCAGUUUGCUCGUCUGGACAACCUGAAGUCUCAUUUGAAAAUUCACAGCAAGGAAAAGCAGUUUCAGGAAGCCAGCGCCGCCCUGAGCACCAACGCUCAUCCAGAAGAAGUGAGAAACAUUCUCCAGCUGCAGCAGUACCAACUUGCCACCUCAGGAGGGCAGGAAAUUCAGCUGCUGGUUACGGAUGCAGUACACAACAUCAACUUCAUGCCCAGCCACAAUCAAGGCAUCAGUAUUGUGACUGCAGAAAAUGCCCCCAGCAUGACGACAGAGCAGGCUGCGAACCUCGCGCUCCUUGCACAGCCACCGCAGCAGCUGCAAAACUUGUUGCUUUCAGCUCAGCAGGAGCAAGCAGAACAAAUUCAAAGUAUCAAUGUGAUUGCAAACCAAAUAGAGGCCGCCCAACCUGAACAAAUGCAUGUCAUCACUCUUUCCAAGGAAGCGCUAGAACAUCUCCAUGCUCAUCAAGGACAAAAUGAACAAAUCCACUUGGCGGGAUCUUCACAUCCAGCUCAGCACGUGCAGCUGGCUCAGGAAUCAAGUCAGCAGUCUCAGUCUAGCCACGAUACGGUUCCUUCCCAUCAAGUCAGUGAAGAACAGAAUCAAAGUGUGCUUGUUUCUGAAUCCCAUCAGCAGCCUCUGACAGUGACUGAGUCAUCUAAUGAGCAUCCUAUCCAGGAACAGGGUUUCUGAAAUGCUUGUUUGUCAGCGAGGGCUAGGCCAGAGAAUGCUUCUCAUCCAGGCAGGGAUUACACAUGUCACACGUGGAUUUUUGCAACAUAAGCUAUCCAAAGAUGCAUUUCUUGGUGAUUUUGGAUGAGUGACUCAAUUUCCUUAACCAUAUUUAUUUUAGACUACUUUGUUUUUCUGGAUUGGUAUUUCUUUACCAUACUUAGUCCUCACCAGUAUCUCACAAGCAAUUAAUGUGGGGUUUUGUGCCUCAUACACAUCUCUGCCUCCUGAGGAGAUAUUUAGCCCUUAUUUGCAUUUCUGAAUGACUCUCCAGAGAAGUUCACCCAGCUGGUAGGAGAACAAUGUUUAGGACAUCUGAGGAUCACAAAGUACAGCUUCUCUGACAAACUUAACGUUAUACCUGAGCAACUGUCAAGCUUAAGACAACCGGUACUUUUUGCAAAGCUAACACCAUAUUUCUUAUGUUUAAUGAGCUUUCUCUCUGCAGGUUAAUGUAUAAUUCUCUAUGUAAUCAUUCCCUGAAGUGCAUUAUGAGUUACUGACUACCAAAUUCAUUUGGUUCGGGUUGUUACUGUUGCAGCCUUUAACUAGCCCUGAAUCUUCCCUCCUGUUUACUGUGUGCUGUACACAUCUUGCUCCUCAGAAACAUUUAAGCCAUUGCACUUGAAUAGUGGCAAUGAGAUGUGAUGGUUACACUGGAGAACUGAAACCCCACAGAUUCUGCUCUGUUAAUUCUGCCACUCACUCUCUCGGUGACUGUGGGCAAGGUAGUUGACCUCUGUGCCUUAUUUCAUCAUCUAGUAAGUGGGGAUAGUGUUCACACACUCUGCCAAGCACUUUGAAGAGCUCUUGAUGUUGUAAGCACUGACUGUUGAAGUGCAAACGCCUCUUCCUGACAGGAUUCUGUCCAAGCUUAGGACCCACUGUAUAUUUAAAGUGUUAUUUUUUGUACUUUUGAGAGAAGAACGUAAUCUUACUUUAAUAUAUGUGAAGACUGGUAAUUGUUUAUGUGAGGAUUCAAACAAUGAAGAGCAUCACUUCAGAGCAUAACAAGCUACAUAAAUGGGGCACAUCACUUAAAGUUGUACAGCUAUUUUUGUUGACUAAAUUAGAUGUGUACAAAUUGUUUUCAAUGACUGACUGCUAACAAAAAAGGUUUGACAUUGUAAUAAAAUGCCUUGCCAAAAGA